AUGCCUAAGUUAGAUUCGUAUCGUAAAGUGGAGAGGUCAAUUUCACUUCCUUGUGAAUUUUGUGGAGUUACUCUACCCGUGAAGUCUGCCUCUUGUGAAACAUCUGAUGUUUACAAAGACACAUCCAUGCAGCAGAAACUAGAUUGUGUAGAUUUCAUAAUACCCAAGAAGGUAAAAUUUCGCAGCAAAAAGAAAACUAAAAUAAACCUGGGACUAACUUCGACACACAUGGUUGAAACCAAAACUAACGUUGAAUUGUGCGAUCAAAAAAGUGAAAUCCAGCCUGAAAGUAACAGUGAAAAGCCUUCAGAUAAAACAAGUGAACAGACAGAAAAGGAAGAGACGAAGAAGAAGAAGAAGAAUAAAAAGUGGAGAAAUGUAGACCCAGCGGAGAUGGGAUUCAAAAUGACAUUGUUUCCUCGAGUUCCUACCUCGUCUACCUCCAUGGACGAAGACGAAAUCCACGCUAUUUUAGAGCAAAUUGACCUAGACUAUCUUAAAAUAGAAGAAAGAAUAUUUCCUUUCAGGCAGGUAGAAAAAUACGAAGGUAACAACAUUAGUGACAAAUAUCUACGUGUAGAUCGACAUAGAAAGAUUCGAAAGGCACAUAAUCAAGUGAAGGACAAAUAUUGCAGGAACGUUAAAAACAACGACGGCAGACAAAAGCUGUACGUACACCACAGAGUGAUCAAACUUGCCCGCUUGGCGGCCAAACGACAGUACCUGCAUUAUCCCUCUCCAAAAACCGUCAGUGUAGUAGACACACCUUCACUGAUAAACGGGCGUAAGGCGACGGCGUCACGUGCUCGGGGCGCUCCAGCCCAGGAUCUGUGCCACGCCCUGUGGAACGACAACGUGCCCACCGACAUCCCCCUGGAGCUGGCCUCCCUCCUGAUCACCCUUCAGCAUCGCGACCUGACGCCGGAGGAUUACGACACACUGCUGCGACUCGACGACGCCGUGGCGGUCAAGACGGUCCCCGUGUCCAAGCUGCAAUCAUUCAGAACCGAUGUCGUCGACGACGGGUGCGCCGGUGACAUCUGCUCCGUGUGUCUCGACCCCUACCUCCUGGGACAGACGCGGAAGUUCCUCCCUUGCGGCCACUGUUUCCACGCCAACUGCAUAGACAUGUGGCUGAGAAACUCGUCCAUGAACUGCCCGCUCGACGGACUGGCGUUAGAUGACUGA